GAAAGCGCACGACGAUAAGCUGCCCGCUUGCACAAAACUCUUUAGUCCGGUCUUAUUCUUAUAUUCAGGCUCAUUCGAAUCUCAUUUGAGGCUUAAUCUUCCCUAGCCGAUAAGUCGCUUGCACGAAAGAGACUAGACGGAAACAAGACACCAAAUUAAGAUUGAAAAGAGACCGGAAUCUAGGCUGCUUCGAGCUGGCUUAUCCAAAACUUAUUCAGUAUUUUCCAACAUGGCUGCCCUGCGGUUGGCCCGCCUCGAGAUGCUCUCCGAGCACUUGCUGCGCCACGAACGUGUGUUUCGCGACGGGACAAAUCCGCUGGACGCCUUCAGCGAGGAGGAGCUGCAGCGGCGCGUACGCUUCGGGCGGGACGGCAUAGUAUUUCUUGUCGAGUUCCUUCGCUCCGAGAUCGAGCACCCGACGUGUGGGAGUGGUGCUUUGAACGCCGAGCUGCAGGUGAUGCUGGCACUGAAAUUUUUUGCCUCCGGAUGCUUCUUGAUUACUGCCGGAGAUGUGAUCGGCGCCCACGAAUCGACCGCAAGCCGCACGGUACGCCGGGUUGCUCUCGCCCUCGUCCGUCGCCGCAGACAUUGGAUCAGUUGGCCGUCGCCUAGACAGGUGCGGGGAGUCCAAGGCUGCUUCUACGCUGUCGCUUGCUUUCCGCGCGUCGUGGGUGCAAUUGACGGCACGCAUGUGCGGAUACAGGCUCCUGGAGAGCAUGAAGAAGCCUACGUCAACCGCCACUUUUAUCACUCCAUAAACGUUGAACUUACUAAAUAAGGCAGUGGUUUUCUCGCUUAUGAUACGGACCAAAUCUAUUUUUUCUUCUUCGCUCCAGUGAUGGCUCUUGAGUCGCUUGGCGGGCGGUUGCGACGACAUGCUUGAAAACACGCGCGUACCGUCAACGUUUGGAGCUGGUUCGGCUGCUUCUGCAGGGGUGACAAGCGCGGGAGUGCGGCCGGAUGUUGACAUCGAAUCGCGGCCAACUAUUGGACAGCGCGAACGCCUGUCGCCGCCGCAACCAACUUCCGGCCCAUUCCCCAUCUCAUUCCCUGUCGACGGCGAAAUUUCCCACCUAGGUACUAAAAGUACCUAACGUCUUCAAUAAGUCCGGACUAUAGUUCAGUCUCGUCAGUUCGUGCAAGCGAAACAUGAUGGCCGGAAAGUCCAGCCUUAUUUUAGAUUACAAUAGGACAACAUUCGGAUUUAAGUCUAGACUUAAGGCUGGCGUUUGUGCAAGCCAACUUCGACGCUUGUUGCAAUGGAUGACCCUGACAACGACACAUUAGCUCGCGACGCUGGGCUCGAGUUCAGCGAUUUAAGCACUGACGAACGUGACCUGCUAUUGAGGGCUCGCGCUGCCGGCGUCGUUGCGUACUACUACGACGACGGCCUGCUUUGAAAGGCACUUCACGCGACUUCAGUAAGUCGGCGUUGAACUCGUAAUCCUCUGGAGGAAAGUGCAGCGAGCACACUACGUGACUUCUCGGCUCUUUGUCAGCGCGCUGUGGCAGAGGUACGGCACUUAACCACUUCGAACGGAGAGGUUCAGUCGUUGGCACACAGUGAUAAGUAACAUUGGAUUCGCCGCUGCAACUGGCCGUGGCCAAGUUCCGCGGACCGUUCGCGCAUCCCAGGACAUCACAUGGACGUGGCAUUCUCGCUGCUUGUUCCAAAUGCAAGUUUCGCGAGCCAGCAGGACCACCGCAGCACGACGCGAUGAAGAAACAACUGAAACUCCAAAGCGCGCGCGGAGUCGAGCGAAAACGAAACCUUUCGAUCACCCAUACUAUUCAAGGUAUAGCGUCAAAAUGUUUUUUUCUUCGAAUCGAAUAGAAGUAGACAAGUAGCAUUUUCUUCCGUCUUAUAAUCUAAUGAAAUUAUCUUUUUAAUACGAGUAGUUGAGUACUAGUGACAUAAAUUAUGAUAAGGAGUGCUUUCGUCAUCGGGCUAGUGCCAGAAUGUCGCUGGGGGGUCUCAAAUCGUGUCAUGCAUUUACCUCAAUUUCUCGGUUACUAAAGCUCUGUUUGCGAUUAUAUUGACGCCUUAGACGUUCUAAAGCAUUGCUUUA